AUGGAAUCGUUUAUUAUUGACAACAUUUUAACGAAAAAAAAUUUCGAUAUAAUUGAUUGUAUUCAGAUACAAGAUGUCCAAAAUAAAGCUGUAUUUGAUGUUCUCUUUAAAGAAACUGUUGGCAAGCUUGCGUCUAUGAAGAAACAAGCUAGUAUCAUUGAAUGGGCCACCUCACAUAUUCUCAACCAUUUCGAAGUCUUAGAUAGAAUCUAUGUUUGGAAAUACUGGAUAGGGAUUGAAAUGAAACGUUUGAAUCAUAUGGUGGAGCAUCAAAUUCUAUUGAAAGCACAGAAAAGAGCAUUAGAGCAAUAA